AUGUCCAGUAACGCAAGUCUCGCCAACGUCUCUCAGCCACAGCGAUCCUUAUCGCUCAUUCUUCCCGUAGGGGUGAAGAUCUCGGCGAACGUCGCGGAGGGCGUUGCUUCGUGUCCAGAGCAUGGAGUGUCCUCGACCUUAGAGAACAAGGCGUUCCCACACAUCGUCGGCACGAUCAAAGUCGCGUCCAGCGAACGCUAUUCCACCUUCUGCUCCACCGCCCUCUCGGUCGCGCAUGCCGAUCGUUCGCAGGGCAACCUCAGGAGCACGCUCAACCGGGAUGUCUCCCUCUACUACUUCGAGGCUGUCCUUCGAGUCGGCUUGUGCGUUGAACUUUCUUCGUCUUCUGCGAUCACCCCGAUCCUCGCUCAUGCGCAGCUCCAAACCUUUUCCCUCGGAUUGGAUCAGUCUGUCACCCCCCGCGACCAGCCGUGCUGGUGCCGCGUCGAGGCUGUGUCUUACAUCGUCUCCUUCAUCUUCGUGGGCGUCAUAUACUUCCUGCCCGCAAAGCACCUCCAUGCCAGCCAGUACGACGUCCUCGAGCUCUUCCACGACGUGCACAGACAACAUUCCAGCCCGAGAUCAGCCGGCCCAUCGACCUCCUCCUCCAACGCGGCAGAAGACAUCUUCAAGACCGCCUGCUACACCUUCUACCUCCCCGUCGCUCUCGUCAUGCGCCUCCGCGGCAUCCCCCAGUUGGCUUCUCUGGAGCUCGCUCUCAAGACCCUCGCGGCGUGCCCAGAGCUAGUCGCAGGCUACUGGCCGAGCGCGGGGCUCGCGCUCGAACCGCGCCUGCCGUCCAAAUGGCUCGCCAACAUCCCGCUCUUCGGCGUCGUUGCCUCCCUCCCCGUGCCCACCGCCUCGUUGUUCCUCGCGGAAAGCGGGAGCAGUGGCGCGUCGCUCAACUUCCACAUCCUCCUCAAAGCCUACAUCAUCACCCCCACUCCAGCCGUCCGCGCGGCCAUCGUCGCCCUCAUCCGCUACAUAUUUGCUCCUGGUGUUCUCUUCCGACACGACCCCGACGAGAUCGCACUGUGGCUCGAGUAUCUCCCCCGCACUCGGCGUGCCCCCGGCCCACAAUCCCGUGACGGUACGCCGUACAAGUACGUCGAGGACCUCCGGCAGGCCGCGGGCGCGGGCUCCAUCGGGCCCUGCCUGGAUGCGGUGCCGAGCCCGCUGCUCGCGACGGUCGUCGAGCAGCUCGGCGCGAAGUUCGGGGUGCAGCGGCUCGCCCCGGCAGACGCGCCGGUGCCGUUCUCGUUUGCCAGGAAGCUGAUAAGGGCGUAUGCGAACCGGAUGUCUGUGCUCGUGGAGGGGAGUUCUUGGUGA